CGGUCUUCGCGCGUCGAGCUCUCUGGUCGCUCCUCACGGUCACGCUUCUGUCUCGUCACACAAGUCGACAUUCCGCGACGAGGACGACGACGACGAAAUCGCACACCGUCGGGGAUCCCUACUCCUACGUUCGCGUGUCGCGCGACGAGUUAACCGCGCCGUUUCGCGGCCGCGUUAAACUUGGAAAACUCCGGCAAUUCCGCCGAUCUCGCGAGUCGAUCUCCCGAGUUUUUUUUAUUGUGCUCCAUCGCAUCGUGGUUACGAAACUACUACCACCACCUGAAGUUGUCGGCGACUGGAGAUUUUAGUUCGCGUACAGUGCUUCUUUUUUCUGUGAUGUGCACGAGAGCUACCAGCGGCGGCGGCGGCGGCAGCGGCAGCAGCCACCACAGCAUCAGGAUGACGACGAUCGCCGCCUGGACCUGUGUCAUCGCCGUGCUCUGUUCAUCGAUUGUACAAGCAAAAAAUUCGAAUACGUACGUGGACAUCGAACCGAAAAAAGAGACGGCCGUACGGGUCGGCGAGAGUGUGCAAAUUCUAUGUAACGCCAAUCAACCGCUUCGCGUUUGUCGCGUGGAGAUACCUGGCGAGGGUAGCAUGGUGUUAACUGGAAUAGAUCCGCCGGAAGACGGCAUCGAGUAUUAUGGUAAUGGACUAAAUACUGGCCAGUGUGGCGUCCGUAUCGCUAGGGUGAAAGAAAAUCAUGAUGGCAUCUUCAAAUGCUCCUUGACAACUCUCAAAACCCGGCAAGAAACAACUGCUUCUCUCAAGAUUAUCGUUGCAAGGCCACCUAACAAUCCGGAUCUUCGCACGAAUCGUGGAAGUCUCGGCAUGAACCGAUUCAGAAAGGGUGAGAAAUUGGAAAUCAGCUGCAGCGCUCCAUCCGGUCGACCAGCAGCAAAUGUCUCUCUAUUUCUCGACGAGGAACCGAUUGGCGAUGACAGGAACAUUUUUUACGAUCCAAAUAUGGAAGACAACUUGUCAAUGCAGAACGCCUCGCGCAGUUUAGAUUGGACAGAUAAUGGCAAAACGUUAAGAUGCAUAGCCAACCACAUUGCCCUCGACAGGCCCAAGGAAACGACUGUGCAACUCGAAGUAUACUAUCCACCCCAGCCACAUACGACCUUUGAACGUUUCGGAUACGUCAUUGGCAGACAGGGAAUUAUCAAUGUUACCAUUUAUGCGCAUCCUAGGCCGCGAUUCACAUGGCGAGUGAACAACGAAAAAAUUGAUGAGGGUCGUCCUGACGAGAGUAAUCGAUUGGAAACUUCAACUGCGGUUGAUUUAGGGAAAGGAGCAUGGAGCGUGAUUCUAACGAUCGACAGCGUACAGAAAUCCGACACGGAAAAGGAGUAUGUAUUGGAGGCGACCAACAGUGAGGGAUCGUAUGAAUAUCGUAUCGUUUUGUCGACAUCUUCUGAACCGGCGGGACCGCUCAGUAACCUCUAUGGUAAGCUCUCCGAACACAUGCACGCACUAGGCGUUGAUUUGGACGCUGGAUCUAUCAUUGGUAUCGUCGUGGGCGUUUUGGUGCUCGUACUCGUUAUUUUCCUCGUAAUCUUUGCACGCGCGACCGGCCGCUGGUGCUUUGCAGGUCACUCAUCUACCAGGAAUCUCGGGGAGUCAGACUUCGCGGACCCAGCGACGGGCGUUAGUCUUCUUCACCUCGGCAAAUCGAAAACUACGGCCGAUGUCGUUAGAAAAAGAAGUGACACAGAGAGCGCCGGUAAAUACUCCCGAUCGGAGGUGGACGGAGCGUCGUCACGAGGACAACGAAGACCGAGAAUCAAUCUAUCUCGAUUGUUUGGAAAGAACAAAGAUAAAGUGUCCGGCGCUGAUACAGACACUAUGAAGACUGUGGUUACUGUCGAUGACGAAAAGCUUCCGACUGUUGAACCGGCCGUGCAGGAAGGCAGAACGAACCCUCCAACAGGCGAGAGUGGAAUAGUAUACGCAGAAUUAGAUCUUACGCAACAGCAACAAAGUGUCGCACCUCGCCGAAUUAAUGAAGAUAAAACCGAGUAUGCUGAAAUCUUGUACGCGAAACCAGAAACCGAGGAAACGGCAGACAAAUAAUUAAUGUCUUCGUAAAAACAAUUAAGACGACCGAGUAUUCCCCCUUUUCACAUUUCAGAAUAAUGUCCAAUUUUUUUCCGCAAAAUGGAUUUUUUUUACAAAGAAGCCGAUAAUAAAAUAAAUGCACAAACUCGAGAAAAAUUUCAAAGUAUAUUACUCGUUAUCGAUUUUUUUAUUGCAAUUUUAUUUGUACGAUCGUUUAUAUGAAUGUUUGCAUAUAUGAACGAAAAUGGACACGGCUGACGUUCCUCGUUAAUCAAAACUCCAUGAUUAUAUGUCUCCGUACGUGUGAUAAUUUAUUGUACGGUGGGUAAUCUUAUGUCAAUGUUCUCCGAUAUCCUUUUAUAUCUAUGCUGAUUAUUAUCGAAUUCGGGAGAUAACAUUUACUGAACCUUACCGAAAAUCAUAUAUAAUACACUGCGGCGUAUGAUUGCUUUGUAAGUUCACAACGUGUCCUAGAAAAAUGAAUGUAAACAUGAUUACUUAUUGCUAAAAUAAUUGAUGUUGCUCUUUCAGUGUGCGAUCGAUAUUUCAUGGACGAGAAUUUUAUGGAAGAUAUGAUCUUUAGCCGUCCAAUUAUUUUAGUUCUGAAUAGCUAAACAAUUUUAUUUAAAUUUUAUUAAUGAAAUUUUGUUACAUUAAUUUGCUUUUUGAGAAAACAUUCUAUAAGAAUAUAUCUUUUCUUAUUCUUCCUAAUAUUUUUUUUGUUUAAGCGUAUAUGACUAUCGCGAUGUUGCGCUAAUUAUCAUGUUAAACGUACUUAAAUAUUAUCGUUCAUGUUGUUAUUAUCCUUAAAUAAUCAAUAAGCGUAAUAAUGGUAAUUAUAUUACGUACAAAUUAUACGCUUAAAAGUCGUUUAUAAUUAAAUAAUUUAAUUAUUCAAAAUAUGAAAAGUUGCGAAAGUCUUGAAAAUAUAUAUUAGUUAUACGAAAAAGGAAAUUUACAUAAAAAAACAUUCAGACGAAUAAAGCUAUAAAAACGACCUUUAAGCAAAAUCAUUUUUAUAUAUAAAAUGUACUUAAAAAUUUUAUAUUUAAGCCGUACAAUAUCUUUUUUAUUAAAUAUAUGUGAAACAUUUUUGCUGAUAAAUAUGAUGUAAGAUUUGCGUGUUGUCUUGCGUUAUUUUUAAGCAAUUUAGAAGGUGUGUACUACUUUUUAUAAGAUAGGUUUAACAUGUUAUUGUAUUAAACUAAACAUUGAAGUUGUAAACUAAUCACAGCGGUAUAAAUCUAAACAUAAGUCGAUUAUAAAUUCCGUUUGAUUAGUUCGAUUGUAUUCUAGGUAUGAAACCUACGAAUAUGUCUAUUCAAGCGUAUUUCGCCGUCCAAUACUAACAAUUUUAGUUACUUUUUUAUGCAUUUAUUUUGAUAAAUAAGCGAAAAAUAUAUGUGAAUAAAUUAUAUAAAAUUUA